GUUAGUUGUUGGAACUAUUUGAUUCCAUGCAACAAAAAAGAAAAUCCAACUUAGCAAUCGUUGCAACUAGUAUUAGUAGUUGCAUAAUAUUUAUGACCUUUCUUUUUCAUCAUUAUUAUUCAUUCUUGUAAUAACCUUUCUCUCAAAAACUACACUUUCAUAGUUUCAUUCCUAAAACUUCUAUCACUCCACAAUUUCCCCCAAAAUCAUUCCCAAACUAUUAAUUGAUUAAUUAAUUAUUUAAUUAAUUAGUUAAUCAGUUAAUUAGUACAGAACCGAUGAAUGAAUCGGCAUCUACAACGUCGUCGUCGUCGUCGUCUUCAAUCUUUCACAAUUUUCCACUCAUCUCCGCCAUCAUUGCUUUCACCGUCGCUCAAUCCAUCAAAUUCUUCACCGUCUGGUAUAAGGAAAAAAGAUGGGAUCCGAAGCAACUGCUUGGAUCUGGUGGAAUGCCAUCUUCUCAUUCAGCUACUGUGACUGCUCUUGCUACAGCUGUUGGAUUUCAUGAAGGCUUUGGAGGACCACUUUUCGCCACUGCAUUGGUUCUAGCUAUCAUUGUGAUGUAUGAUGCUACUGGUGUAAGAUUGCAAGCAGGACGUCAAGCAGAGGUUCUUAACCAAAUUGUCAUUGAACUUCCUGCUGAACAUCCUCUGUCUGAUAGCAGACCGCUUCGUGAACUUCUAGGACAUACACCACCUCAGGUCAUUGCUGGUAGUUUGCUUGGAAUUGUAACAUCAUCUAUCGGUUAUGUAAUAACUGUAUUUGGUAGUUAAUAUUUGAGGAUUCCUUUGUUGGCAUCUCUAGGGGCCGUUGUAUAGAAAUUUGAAACGCCAUGUAUCUGGAUCAAGCCUUGUUCUCCCAGAAAUAUUGCACAUUCCUUUUGAACUCAGCCUACAUUGAGUUAACCUUCAUACCAACAUUGGCGAUAAAAAAAUUGAAUUGUAUUGAUUACACUACUUAAUGUAGUGGAAGUAUCUAUAUUAUGGAAUCAUUAGUUUGUGAUUUUGAUCUCAAUUAAUGUUUGAAAGGAUUUAUUUAUGCAAUUGCUUGUAGUCUGUUACCCUGGAUAUAUGUAGCUCGUCUGAUAUUAGAAACUGUUCUUUCA